AGCCCGUCCAGGGCGUGGUCGCUGCUCAUCGGGACAUCGGGAGACAGCAGAUAGCAGGGCUGCUGGUUGCUCAGCACUGCUCCCGUCACGGUUGCGAGAAACCGCUCUCCUGGUCCAGAGAGCAUCCCAGCCUGCAAAGCCAAAGCGGGAGUUAGUACUCCCCAGCUAUCGACUGAGUACUCCCCAGCGUUCAGCCACAAUGCCCGAGACCGAGGAGUCCACCUUCUACGAGGUAAGAGCAAAUGACAAGAAGGUCUCGCGAUACCAGCGCGCCAAGCUCGCCGCGUCGAAGGCCGCCGCCGCGGCCAAGUCCAAGGCGGCGGCCGGCGCGACGGCCGCGAAGAAGAUGUCGACGCGCAAGAAGAAGCCGCCGCCGCCGGAGAUCGGUUUAUACGACCUGCCGACCGCGCCGCCGCCGACGACGCCGCAGCGGCCGUCGCCCCCGCCUCCUACACCGCGCGAGGAGGCCAAGGAGCCCCCGGCGCCGCCGCCCGCGGCCCCGGCGCGCCAAGAGGAGACGCCGAAGGAAAAGCUCUCGCGGAAGGAGCGACGAAAACGCGAGGACGCGGCGAAGAAGGCCGCCGCCGCGGCGCUCGCCAAAAGAACGACGCGCGAGGCGCGCGAGGCGCGCGAGCGGCGGUACCGGCGCGAGAUCGACGACGCGCGGCGGUCCCUCGUCGAGCAGAAGGAGAUGUGGCUCGGUCUGGUCAAGGACUCGGAGCAGCAGUGCCGCGACCUGGAACUCGAGGUCGCCGAGGUGCGGCGCGAGGAGGCCGCGCUCAGCGCACAAUUAGAGGACGUGCGGCGGAACGACGACGGCGCCGUCGAAGUCCUGACGGGCGAGCUCGUCGCGAUGAAGCUCCGCGCGGCCGAGCUCUCGAACGAGUGCGACAUGCUCGACCAUCAUGCGACGUUGGUGCGGCGGCAGGCGCCGCAGCCUCGAUAGCAUCUCUCGUGUCCUUUGUUCUUCCGUGUGUAACAAGUUUUUUCCGA